UCUACGUGCAAGCUUGGCAUGACUUUGGCCUGCAUGUGCCCUUGGAGGCGUCGAGCGUGCCUUGCGACAUGCUGCCACCACCUGCAGUCAUACAGCCCGGGCGACCGCGGGAGAACAGACUGGAGCGACAACCCACGCAACCCGCACGCGCCCAUUCCCACCAGCACUGCCUGCACCUGUACACGGGCCAGCAGCGCCACCGCCUCUGAUGCAUGCCAUGAUGCCGAGCUUGUCAACGACACCGGUCAUCACAAGCAUAUUGACGCCGCUGCAACUACCAAUGACUGGAGCGGGAUGGCAGACGUCAAUGGCAGCAUUGUCUGCAGCAACGGCAACAACGGCAGCAACAACGGCAACAGCUGUGAUGGCAGUUGAAGCAGCUGCAGCAGUAGGGCUUGUACCCGCGCACAUGACGACGAUGGGAGCCGGGACGUCGCCACCUUCCUUCCCCAACACGGCGCCGCCGUCACCCAUGUCUUUGACGCGUACAGCGACAGCGCCACGGCCAUUCUCACACACAUCAGUGGCAGCCUUUCCGUCACCGACUCCCUUGCUGGCAUCACCAUCAUCAUCAGCAUCGUCGUCGUCAU